UCCUCCUUUUCCCUUACAAAUACAGCCAUGUUCAAUCUCCAAGCACAGUUCUUCCCAUAGACAUUCAAGAUGAAGUUCCUUGUUUUGUGUGUUCUUCUUGGUGUGGCGUUCGGUAGCAAUCCUGAAGAAAACGCCGGAGUUGACGACCCAAACCUGUACGAGGGAGACAUGAUCCUGACUGACGCUCAGCGAAUGGCAGCUGAAAUGGGAAUGGACGUGGAUAAACCAAUCGGUAGAGGAAGCAUCAAGAAUGGCCGUUGGCCAGGAGGAGUGAUGGCUUACACUAUUGACGGCAGCUUACGACGCAACUCCCGAGCAAUGAAUGCCAUCAGAGCCGGAAUGAAAAUGUGGACUGACAAUACUUGUAUCAGAUUCAAAGAGAGGGCAAACGAGYAUGCGUAUGCGCACUUCCAGAUUGGAAGAGGGUGCUCUUCCAUGGUGGGACGAACAGGACGUCUUCAAAGAAUCAAUCUUGCCAGUGGAUGCUGGUACCCAGGAAUCGUUGCGCACGAAAUAGGUCACGCACUCGGUUUUUACCACGAGCAGUCACGCCCUGAUCGAGACGAUUACGUUACCAUCAACUGGAAUAACAUUAACCCAAGCAUGAAGUUCAACUUUAACAAGUACCCAAGGUCCACCAUUGAUUCUCUGGGAACUCCAUACGAUUACUACAGCGUCAUGCACUAUGAUGCUUAUGCAUUCAGCAGAAACAGGAGACCAACCAUCGUAGCUAAAAAAUCUGGGGUUAAACUUGGCAACCGCAGUAACUUGAGUAAGAUCGACAUCCAACAGAUGAACAUGAUGUACAAGUGCAGUGGUGGUGGUGGUGGUGGUGGUGGUGAAGGUGGAGGGGUUAACCCACCACCCCCACCCCCUCCCCCUCCAGGUGACUGCAAGGACACUGGUCGUUACUGCUCAUACCACGUCCCAAGAGGAGACUGCAAGAGAAUGCAGAUUGUCAAACAAAGGUGCAAAAAAAGCUGCAAUCUGUGUUAGAUGUUACGAAUUUGAUUCGCUGGCUCAUCAAAAUCAUGAAUAAAAUAAUUUAAUUUAA